AUGUCCAAGAUACCAAAUACACUCAAAGCUGAAUCUGAACGUAUAAUUGAAGAUGCACUGAAUUGCGUGAUGGUGGGGUGGACCCUUAACUCAAAAUUCGUUAGAUCAACAAUUGGCACUACAGAAACGGAUAUUAUCUCGGAUGCUAGAGCUAGGAAUGACGCCUGGAACUCCGUUGAUGCUAAGUGUCGUUGGAGCUGUACUUACCUUCUGGAUCCCUCUGAUCCUUUAUUUGUUGAGAUUGGGGAGGUUUUCAUUAGGCGACAAGUUAAAGAAUAUGGGGAUGUGACAGACAUUUACAACUGUGAUACAUUCAACGAAAAUUCCCCACCUACAAAUGAUCCAACAUAUAUAUCGUUGCUUGGAGCUUCUGUCUACAAAGCAAUGUCCAAAGGUGACAAGGAUGCAGUGUGGUUAAUGCAGGGUUGGCUCUUCUCUUCAGACUCUGCAUAUUGGAAACCACCCCAAAUGGAGGCACUUUUACAUUCUGUUCCAUUUGGGAAAAUGAUAGUUCUUGAUUUAUAUGCUGAUGUCAAACCAAUAUGGAAAAAUUCAUCUCACUUUUAUGGUACUCCUUAUGUCUGGUGUAUGUUGCAUGACUUUGGUGGAAAUAUUGAAAUGUAUGGCAUCUUCGAUGCGAUCUCCUCUGGUCCAGUUGAUGCCCGUGUCAGUAAAAAUUCAACCAUGGUUGGUGUUGGGAUGUGCAUGGAAGGGAUAGAGCAAAAUCCAGUUGUUUACGAGUUGAUGUCUGAAAUGGCCUUUCGGAGUGAAAAAGUUCAACUUCUGGAGUGGUUGAAGUCCUAUUCCCACGGACGCUAUGGCAAAGCAAUUCAUCAAGUUGAGGCAGCUUGGGAAAUUCUUUAUCACACAAUUUACAAUUGUAUGGAUGUAAUAGAAGACCAUAACACUGAUUUCAUAGUCAAAUUACCGGAUUGGGAUCCAUCAAAUACCAGCUCUCCUUUGCCUCAGGCACAUUUAUGGUAUUCUACUCAGAAGGUGAUCAAAGCCUUAAGACUUCUAAUUGAUGCUGGAAAUAAUUUUGCUGGAAGUGUUACAUAUAGGUAUGACUUGGUGGACUUAACACGGCAAGUACUGUCAAAGCUAGCAAACCAAGUAUAUUUGGAUGCUGUGACUGCUUUUCAACAGAAGGAUUCAAAAGCUUUAAAUCUUCAUAGCAAAAAAUUUAUUCAGCUCAUAAAGGAUAUUGAUAUACUUCUUGCUUAUGAUGACAAUUUUUUACUUGGAACGUGGCUCAAAAGUGCAAACAAGUUGGCAAAGAAUCCUCAUGAGUUGAAGCUGUAUGAGUGGAAUGCAAGAACGCAAGUCACAAUGUGGUUUGAUAACACAGGAAUCAUACAGAGCAAACUUCAUGAUUAUGCAAACAAAUUCUGGAGUGGAUUACUUGAAGGCUACUAUCUACCUCGAGCUUCAGCCUAUUUUGAUUAUUUGUUAAGAAGCUUGAGAGAAAAAGAAAACUUCAAGAUGGAGGAAUGGAGAAAAGAAUGGAUUUCGUUUUCAAACAAAUGGCAAGUAAGCCAAGAGCUUUAUCCGGUGUCGGCUGAAGGAGAUGCACUACCUAUUUCUAAAGCCUUGUAUGAGAAAUAUUUUGGUAAGAAGAAUUGGAAAAAGAAUAAGUAUCAUUUUGAAACAAGCAACAAGCGGGUACUGCGCUUCACCCAGUGAAGGCCAAUGGAUUGCACCAUUUCUAAAGCCUUGUAUGAAAACAUUUUAUGUUACACACUUGGGGGAUUCUCUAUAAGGUCAAAUAUGAAGAAAGGAUGAUGCAAAUUGUUAAAUAAUCAGAUAUGUUCUUGAUAAUCUUUAUUGAGUAAUAAUCUUGCUCUAAGCCCUUCAAAACUCCGGGGCUAGUAAUUAAUUCUCAUUGUCAUCUAUUUUUGUAACUUGAUACAACAAUACGAGCAAAUUUCUGAGAUUAUUGCAUAAGAUGUGUUUGUAGAGGUUUUAUAAAGGGUGUAGCCUACAAAGGGGUUUAGUAAGUCGUUGACUAUGGUAAUUGUUCUUUAUAUAUAUGGCAUUGUUCAAUUUGAGAGAUUCUCGUUUUAGAAUUCCACUUUGGAACCAAAUUGCAUGAUUAUAUUAUUUGUUGCCUUUUUGAUUUGGUUUA